AUGUCAUCUCUGAUACUCCACGGAAGAAGGUUCUUCGAGUUGGAGAAAUGGCGUCAUUUGAGAUUCGCAAUGAAUGUAUCCUUCUCUACUGCUGCAGAUGUGAGUCUUCAUCUUCAAGAUGGUCCAAAAGGUCACAACUUUACAGUCUCUAAUUACCUCGUUGAGUCUCUGGGUUUCACCACAAAACUCGCGGAGUCCAUCUCCAGAAAAGUCAGCUUUAACGACAAGGUUAACCCUGAUUCUGUUCUGAGCCACAGAUUCUCAGAUCUCCACCAUCAUUACAGAUUAUCCACAAGUGCUUAUAGCAGAUGGAGAUCCCUUGCUCCCAAGCUUCAGUUUUUAAAAUCAAGAGGAGCUUCAACCUCUGAGCUCACUGAGGUUCUUGCUGUACGGAACGAGAGAACGUUCGAUUUUAGAGGACCGACGGGUCGCCUCAAAGAUAAAUUGCUGGAUUGGGCAUCGCGAGGCAUCGUUAAGUAUUUCACUCUGUCGCGCGGUUUGAUCAAGUCUAACCAAACCGGUUUUGGUUUGGUUAGAUCCGAUUCUGCCCCAGACGCUGGUUCGACUCGGAGUUGGGCCGGUUAUUUCGGGAAACCGAAUCGACGCUUCGGUUUCCUAGGCGGCUAA